UUGGCAACGUGGCUAUGUCAAAAUUUCCUUCCUUCAAUCGGCAAUGAUCAAAGUAAUCCAAAUCAAGGGAGCCUCUAUAUUUCUUUUUUGCUUCUGCACUCAUGGCAACCUGACUAACUACUGAACUAUAUUGAUAGCAGGGAAUACUGACAAAAUGCCUGCAGAUUACAAUGGUACAUGGGAGAUGACAGAAAAUAAGAAUUUUGAGGGUUACAUGAAAGCUCUGGACAUAGAUUUUGCCACCAGAAAGAUUGCAAUUCAUCUCACUCAAACAAAAGAAAUCAAGCAGGAAGGGGACAGCUUUUUCACUAAAACUCUAAGUACAUUCAGAAACUACAACGUGGAUUUCAAAAUUGGAGAAGAAUUUGAGGAACACACAAAAGGAUUAGAUAAUAGAGUGGUAAAGACACUGGUGCAAUGGGAUGGGGACAAGAUGGUCUGCGUUCAGAAGGGUGAGAAGCCCAACAGAGGCUGGAAGCAAUGGAUUGAGGGUGAUGAACUACACCUGGAACUAACGUGCAAUGACCAGGUCUGCCAUCAAGUUUUCAAGAAAAAGUAAACAGUUGAAUGUGGACUUAAAUGGUUCUUAUAUGUGGCAUUUCUAUGCUCAGCAUCACUGAAUGUGUGCUGUGGUAUCACAAU